AUGGAGGAGAAGAAGGGAGGCAGAGUUAGAAGUGACAGAAGUUUCCAGGAAUUCAACAGCUUUAUUGCUAGGAUGAGUAUGCUUGAAGUAAUGCAGGGGUACCAGUACACCUGGGUUAAUAACAGAGACAAUGAAGGCUAUGUGGAGGAAAGGUUGGACAAGGCUUUUGGGUCUAUGGGGUGGAUAGCUGAUUAUGCAGGAGCAAAGGUAUUAAAUUUAUAUAGAUCAGCUUCAGAUCACGGGAUGCUUAUUUUGGAUAGUGAUGGUCAGCAGCAGAAGAAACCUAGAAGAUUUUCCUUUGACAAGCGGUGGAUCAAAAUGGAAGGGUGCAAAGAAACCAUUGAAGCUGCAUGGGACAGAACACAUUUUGGGACCCCUAUGUUUAUCCUUAAGGAAAGUAUCAAACAAACUAGGGUGGCAUUGUUUCAGUGGAGCAAAAACUUCAUAUCACAGGGGAAAGAGAGGAUACAGACACUUACUCUUAAGCUAGAAGAGAUGAGGGCUCUGGGGGGAUACAAGAAUUGA